CAAACCCCACACAAUCACUCAACAACCUCAUCAAAUCCCCCAAUUUCACAGCCAUGGAUCACGGCGGCGGCGGCGGCGCAGCUCCGACGGGUUGUUACAAGUGCGGCAGGCCAGGUCACUGGUCCCGAGACUGUCCGUCAAACCCUAACUCAGCUACAUCGACUGAUCCGAACCCUAAUAACAACAGCGCCUCGAAAUCAACGCAAUUCGGUUUUAAAUCUGGGAGCGGAGAUGCUUCGGGCUCUGGUAAAGUGAAAUCGGGCGAGAAGCCGAAGAAAGUGCCGAAAACGAGGCCGAAACUGACUGUGGAGAGCCUGCUUUCGAACGAUGGGAUCGGAUAUGUUCUGAAGCAUUUUCCUAAGGCUUUUAAGUUUCACGGACGCGGUCAUGAGGUUCAAGACUUGGGGAACCUACUUGGCUUAUAUGCUGAAUGGCAUUCACAUAUGCUUCCCUACUACACCUUUGAUCAGUUUGUUCAUAAGGUCGAACAAGUUGGUUCGGCAAAACGUGUUAAGGUAUGUCUUAGAGAUUUGAGGGAUAGAGUUGCCCAUGGAGGGGAUCCCACUAAACUACGUGAAGACCCAGAUCAGCAGGAAACACAUGAAAUUUCGAAUGAGGGACAAGAAACUGUAAACAUAGAGGAACCAAGUCCGUUCCCAAAUAGCUCUGUGCAAAACCAGGGUGCUGACGAUGUCCAGGAUGUUGAUGAUUUCCAGGAUGCUAUGCUUCAUGAUAUGUUCGAGAAAGCAUCUGAAGAUCCAUCUCAAGCUUUACAUGAUGACAUAGUUACUGCUGUAUCUACUCCAAAAGAGCCACCAAAUCAAGAAGCAGGUAACACAGGAAGUAACUCGGCUGAAGAUCAGAUCUCAGAGGAGCUAAAAGCUCGCAUAGAAGCUAACAGGUUAAAGGCCCUGGAGAGAGCUGCUGCUCGAGCCAAAGCUUCACAGGCACCUUGAUGGUUUUUACCUCAUGGCAAUGUCAGUUGUCUGCUACCGUUUCUGUAUAAUUUUGAAUGAAAUGGAAAGAGUUGCUGAAGCCCCUUCAUCUUUUGCGGUGUUUUCAUACAUCCAAAUUUGCUACUGGCCUUGAAAUUAUGGAGGCGAUGGUGAUAGUGAUAUAUCAUAUAUGAUAUUUUACAGUAAUGAGGGUCGAGGCCAUUGAAGGUCUAUUUAUAUUUGUAUUUGCUUUUUACUUUUAUAUGUAGAACAAUUGUUUACUUUACUAAGAGCAUCUCCAAGAGCCUUCUUGUUGGCUCCUAAAUAUAAUAUAAAAAAUGUGGCUCUUAGUAAUUUAGGACAAAGUUAAGAGUGUAAACUCCAACAAUACUCUCUAUAUCUCUUCUCUAUUUCAUAUUUUAUUCAUA